CGUUGCGGGCCGGUGACAUGCCCGUGAGCUGCGGAGGCUGCGGCCCCCAGGUGUUUUAUGGAUUAACUCUUCAUUGAUUACUUACAACAGUAAUAUAGUUAUGGCGACUUUCCAGCCUUCCAGAAACAGUCACAAGAAGACUAGACCAUCUAUCAGAAAAAGCUUCAGUGAAGAUGUGUUCCAGUCUGUAAAGUCUUUAUUACAGAGUGAGAAGGAACUAUGCAGUGUUUCAGCAGAGGACUGUAUAAAGCGGGAGGAUCAUACCAAUUUGACUGAGGUCACUUUUCUAGGUUUUAAUGAAGAAACAGAUGCUGCUCAUAUACAGGAUUUAUCUGCAGUUUCUUUGGAACUUCCAGCUCUUCUGAAUUCACUGCACUUCUGUAGUCUAAAUGAAAAUGAAAUUAUUUGUAUGAAGGAUAUAAGUAAAUCAGAUAUAAGCAGUGAUCAUCUAAGCCAGAAACAUCAUUCUGGAAUGCUUUGUGUCAUGAGAGUGUCACCUACAUUACCAAGACUCAGAGUGGAUUUUAUUUUUAGUCUCCUAAGUAAAUAUGCUACUGGUAUCAGAUAUACACUGGACUCACAUUUGCAUCAGAAGAACCAACUUGAGACCGCUAAUGAAGAAGAUGACGAUACCAACCAGUCUGUGUCUUCCAUAGAGGAUGACUUUGUCACUGCUUUUGAGCAGUUAGAGGAAGAAGAAGCUUCAAAGCCAUAUAACGAGGGAGUAAGUAUUACUGCACCAAGGCUCCAGUGUGAUGCUGCCUCACAGACUACUUCUGGUCACCCUUUAGGAACCCGUGAUCUAAGGAUUCUGGUUAGCUCUGGUCAGCAGAAGUCAUUGCCCAAACCCUCGACAUCCUUAAUAAAUAUUCUGGGACACAAAGAGCUACCUUCUGUGAAAACUUCAGUCACAACAUCAGUUUCUGAGCCUUGGAUACAAAGGAGUUUCUAUAGGUCAUCUAAUGCUUUAGAUAAAGGGGGUGAUACACAGAAAGCAUUCCUUUCUUCUUCUCCUGCUUACUCAUCUGAAUCAGAAUGUUCAAGUCCAAGUCCUGUUAUUUUCUUGGAUGAAGAGGGGUAUCAAAAAAGUUUAAAAGCAAAGCUUGAGCUACCUAAAAUUCCUGUGAUGAAAGAUGAUAUAGAAGAUUCAGACUCAGAAGUCAGUGAAUUUUUUGAUAGUUUUGAUCAGUUUGAUGAAUUAGAACAAACUGUAGAAACAUCUUGUCCAUUUCCAGAAGAUCCUGUCAUGGGGAAACCAUCACAAAAGAAAGGACACAAACAUGAAAAAUCUUGUUCUGUAACCACCACUAUGAAUCCUCAGAAAUUUAAGUUUGAUCGUCCAGCUCUCCCAGCUAAUGUUAGGAAGCCAACUCCUCGUAAACCAGAGUCCCCUUACAGUAACCUGUGUGAGGCUCCAGAUUCUCCCCGCCCGGUGAAGGCGUCAGGAGAAGACAGUGGUUUGUUUAGCCCUAUCCGAUCCUCUGCUUUUAGUCCUCUUGCAGGCUGCACUCCUGCUGACUGCUUUUGCCAAACAGAUAUUGGAGGAGAUAGAAUUCAUGAAAAUCAUGAUUCUCUUUAUUACACCUAUGAAGAUUAUGCAGAUCUCCUUUCAUGUGAAGUGCUGGGCUCGGUUCUUCAUACCCAGCAUACUGAUGUACUAGUGAGUGCUAGUAGUAUUAAAAAAGAAGAAAAUAAAACUGUAGCUCUUAAAUGUGGAAACAUUGAUCCAAAAAGUAAAUCUAAAUAUAAAUCCUUAAUGAUUAAAGAUAGCAUACAGAAAUUUGCAGCAGAACUUGUGGAAAAAAGUUUUGGUAGUGCAUUCAAAGACUUACAGAAAGGGGUCUCUUCUUGUACCAAUGUAUUGUGCCACUUAGCCAUCAAAUUGACAUCAUCUGUUCUGCAGAUGGCAUUUAAUGAAUUGAGACGACAGCGUGCAUUUUCCCUGAAAGAACGUGCCAUUAAUGGUCUGGCUAAUUUUUUGGUGAGUGAAGCUCUGUCCAAUGCUUUAAAAGAUCUACAGUAUGUAAAGAAGCAGAUAUUUACCAAUACAGUGGCUGGGUUUGCUGCAGAUCUUGCUGAAGAGCUUGUUUUUGAAGGUAUCAUGGAAGUGUGUCAGUUCUCAUAUCCUCCCACACCUGCGUCUUCACAGUGUCCGUCAUUUGACUAUGAAGACAAAGUCGUAAAAUCAUAUGCAAAAGAUUUGUCUGAAUCUGUAAUGCAGGAAGCAUUCAUCGAGCUGUCACAAGCGGAUGUGUCCUUCACAACAGAGGCUGCAGUUAGUGUUUCUACAGAUAACAUAAAUUGCAUGAGUGCAGAAAAUGUAGUGCCAUUGACACAGAGCUUCACGUUUUCCCCUGCUUUCAACAACCAGACAAUUAUGUUGACAAAACCAACGCAAGAAUGUAAGAAAGAAUACACAGUGCAACAAGCUUUGUUUUGUACUUCGGGAAUUGUUACUUCCAUACCCGUGCCCUUGGCAGGAAGUGCCCUUCUUCCAUGUCAUAUUUCGUCCAAUAUACAUCAGGCAAAGUCUCAUCUGUCACCUGAGGAUAGUAGUUCAAAUAGUGAUUCCAUCCAAGAAUCACUUAUUACUGCAAAAAACAAAGAAGUAGCUUGUCUUAGAAAUAUUUGUUUGCCUUCAGAACACAGUCCAGGUAACCAAAAUGAUUUUAAACCAGCUAAUGGUGGUGUUGACAUGGAAAGUUCUUCAAAAUUAACAAAUGAUCCUGUGAUUAUUAGCAAUUUUUCUGCAGCAAUGGUGCAUGCAAUCGUAAAUGAAACUUUAGAGCCACUGACAUCAUUCAAAGUAACAGAACCAGUUGAUGAACACAAGGAUUGUUCAGUUAAAUUAGUAAAUAGAAACAAUUCCCCUCCUCACUUUGAUCAAGGGACACUGCAAAAGAGUGAAGGUAGCAAUAAGGAUGUGUUUGCUGAUCAGUUAUCCAAAUCUAUUAUUAAACAUUCCAUAGAUAAAAGCAAAUCAGUGAAUUCAAAUGUAGAUAAAAAUGGCCUAUACAAGGAAGGCUUACCUGUUCCUGGAGAGGAGUCACAACUUGCAUUGGAAAAAUUCCCCAAAUUUCUUGAUGCUCAAGAUCACUUAAUGCACUCUUCACUUUCAGUAGGAAAGAACUGUGUGCCAGAAUGUAAAGGUUCUGUGACUCAUGGAUUUUCUUUAGAGACAGGUCCAGUUAUGGUAGGUCAUGAUUUGAAGGAACUUGCAAAGAAAAAAUCAGUGAAAAAACCUAAUUUAAGUAAUACAGCACUAGAGUCACUGUCCUUGGGGCAGGAAAACCCCUUUCCUGCUUCACAUACAUUCUCAUCUACAGUGCUUACAUGUGUAGAUGGUUUGCAUGUAGAAGACAAGCAGAAGAUCAGAGAUGGAAAUGUAAUACCUGAAACUCCUCCAUCAACUCCUCUUGUACCAUCCCAGGUAAAUUCUGAAUGGGAUAUCAAGAAGUUAACUAAACAGCUCAAGGGGGAAUUAGCCAAAGAAUUUGCACCUGCUACACCACCUUCUACACCUCACAACUCGUCUGUUGGUAGUUUGUCUGAAAAUGAACAAAAUACUAUAGAGAAAGAAGAGUUCAUGUUGAAACUGAUGCGAUCCCUUUCAGAAGAAGUUGAAAGUAGUGACAAUGAAGAACGUCCAGAAGUGGAUGUGAAGGCCCAGUACUUAGGGAAGAAAGUUCAAUUUGCAGAUGCCUUAGCUACACACAUCAUUUCUCUUGCAACUGAAAUGGCAGCUUCCCAUUUAGAUAAUAAAAUAACCCAAGAAACCAAGUUUAAUAGCCCAUGCUUAAAUGUACAAAACCCCAGAAGUGUAUUGCCUACUUUCCUAAAUCACUCAAAUGAAACUUUGCUACCGUUACACAAUUUUGCAGGCGACAUGGCUGCAGAAGUCAUUAUAGAAGCCGAGAAAAUAGCACAUAUUAGAAGUUGUAUGCCUUUCAGGCAGAAGAGGAACAGUUGUUAUGCUGGUGGGGACCGAGCUAUAUCAGAGGAGAAGCUGGAUACAGAGGCUGUAGCACGCUCAAAAGAAGUGGAUCCAUUUAUUUCAUUACCACCAAGUUCUUGUACUUCAGGCCUGACGUACAAGUAUCCCAGCUGUGAAAGUGUGACAGAUGAAUACGCAGGUCACAUUAUCCAAAUACUAAAACAGGAAGGUGAUAAUAAUGAGUUAAUAAUGGAUCAGUAUGCUAAUAGGCUUGCUUAUCGAUCGCUUAAAUCAGGGCUACAGGAAGCAGCUAAGUCAGCCACAAUGAAGUGCAACUCAAAAAUGUCCCCUGUGCAAAACUCACAAACACACACUAACAAUGAACUGUUAAUGUUCUUAAAUAAAGAACACCACCAAGAAACAAAGAAAAAAAGACAAAGUAAAAGAAGUGGAAGUUACCUUUAUAAAAAUCAGACUUGUGACUGGACCUGGGAUACAUAUAGGAAAGAGUGUUCUGAACUGUACAAUUUUUCCACCUCUCUUGCUCACAGCAUAACAAAAGAUAUUAAAACAGAGCUGACAGUAGCUGCAGCUGGCUUGCCAAAGUCCCUAACAGAUGCUUGUCUUUAUGAAAAAGCUGGAUGUGAAGAAGAUACGGAGACUCACGUUGAGCCAGAAUUUCAUCGGUCUCUUCAACCUUCCUCCCCAAAUCAUACGUUUUAUCACAGUACAGGCAGCUUAAGUGGGCACGGGUAUGAAGAGCACGUUGUUCAAGCAAUAGAGCAGUAUGCUAAAAAAGUAGUGGAUCACACUUUAGAAUUUAGUUUAGGAUCUACACUUUCGCAAGUUUCUGAGACCACAAAAGCAGCAGAAAGGAUCACUUACGCAGAAAAGUUGUCACCACUCACCAGUCAGACCUGCAGAUACUGUGACCGUAGAGAACUCCAUGAUUGUACUGGUACUCCACAGGUUUUCAGACAGGAUUCACUUGCUGGUAGUAAGCCAGUUUCCCAUUCAAAAUUUAGCAACAUCUACCAGAAAUCUAGAAUUUUUCAUCUUGAUGUCCCUCAAAUUCAUGUUGAUCUUGAUAAGAAGACAGUGCUUGCAGAGAAGAUAGUUGCUGAAGCUAUUGAAAAAGCAGAGAGAGAGCUGAGCAAUACCAGUUUGGCAGCUGAUAGUGGAAUUGGACAGGAUGGCCUUAGCUUUGCCGAAAGCCUUAGUACAGAAAUAGUGACCUCAGCAAUGAUGAAUGUUGGACAUGCUGCUAGCAGCCCAAAAGGAAUAGAAGACACCCAGUCACCUCAGUCAUUUGGAAGUCAGCAGAUGAAUCUUAGUAUUGGUGAUGACAGCACUGGAAGCUGGUCUAAUUUAAGUUUUGAAGAUGAACACCAGGAUGAAAGCAGCAGUUUUCAUCAUCUGAGCGAAAGUAAUGGUAACAGCAGUAGCUGGAGCAGUCUUGGUUUAGAAGGAGAUUUGUAUGAGGACAAUUUAUCCUUUCCAACAUCAGACAGUGAUGAGCCUGAUGAUAAAGAUGAAGAGGAUGAGGAUGAUGUAGAAGGUUUGGAGCAAGAUGGGAAGACUCUACUAAUUACAAAUAUUGACAUGGAGCCUUGCACAGUGGACCCCCAACUAAGGAUCAUUCUUCAAUGGCUUAUUGCCUCUGAGGCUGAAGUUACAGAGCUUUAUUUUCAUGACUCUGCAAAGAAAGACUUUAUACUACUUUCAAAACAAUUACAAGAAAAAGGAUGGAAAGUGGGAGACCUCCUCCAGGCUGUGCUGAAGUACUACGAAGUGAUGGAAAAAACUUCCAGUGAGGAGAGGUGCAAGUCACUGUUUGAUUGGCUCUUGGAAAAUGCAUAGAACCAACUCAACCCAGUAUCUUAUUAUUUGUUUGGGGGGUGGGGGGAAGGGAAGAAAAAGAUGCCUAGGGCAUACUUUGAGUAGUGUGUAUUAACAUUUAAAAUAAAGGGGGAGGAAAGUAAAUACAGCUUUUGAAGUGCAUUGUGUCAUCACACAGUGUAUAUAGUGCACACUUUUGUAAUCUGUCAAAAUAAUUAUCUUCAUUUAUCCUUCUGUACACUUGUGUCCUGUGUUAAGAUCCUGAGAACAUGUGUUUGAAGGAUGGCCUAACCAUGAGCUUUUCUGGGACAUUAACUGACUGCGUUCUUUUCUGCAUUUGAAUAGUGCUGAUGGGAACGGCUGACAUGACUGAGGAUAGGUUGCAGGGAUAGUUAUAGUUUUGCUUCUUUGCAAACAAAUGAUAUCCUGUCACUAACUAAUUGACAAAAAAACAGCAUUGAAGUUAACUUUUUUCUGAUAGUAUUUUUGGUCUUAUUUUUAAGGUCAGUUUUUUUAAUUUUUAAAUAGCUCAGCUGUUCGUAGCUUUUGACUUCCCAGACCAUUUAAUUUCUUAGAAGCAGGUUUCUAUAAAUACCACAAAUGAUACUUUACGCAGUCUUUCCUAAAAAGACAUUAUUUGCCAAUGUUGCCAAUCUUUCUGGCAUGAAAAUGUAUGUAUGUGUAAAGAAGUUCGUUAACCUUAUUAGUGAUUUGUGUCCUCUUUACUGUUUUCUUGCUUAGAAACCCACUGUUAACAUUUAAAAAGGUGCUUUAAAAUAAAAUGUCUAUAAAGAUUGUGCAUUAAGAAAUUUUAUUUUUAACUAUCUCGGGCCCUCAGCUUAACCUCUAAGUGAAAAUAAGGGUAUAGAACAUACUGAAAUAAAAAAAGUAAUGUGAGUAUGGGAAUAUAUGUAGAAACCCAAUGAUGAUUUUAAUUGUUGGAUUUUUUUUUUUUUUUAAGUGGAAAGCCUAUCCACUUUAGCUAGGAUAAGCUUUUUUCUAGACAAAGAAAAGGGAUUUCCCCACCCCUGAUGAAAUGUAUCUCACUAUUUUGUAAAAAGUCCUCUGACAUGAUCUUCCAGUACUCUACAUUUCCUACUACUUGAUCUUCAGAAACAGCAAGUUAACUUGAAUAGAGGACUGAGCUUGUGUCUUGAUGCUGGAUGUGAGAGUAUGUGUGUGUGAAAUUUGAUUCUUCUGUUAGUGGUUGACUGUAUUCUAGGUUAAGUCACUUUUUGUUAGAGCCUUUGGUUUUGCACCAUUACAUUUUCUUUUCUCAUGAGCAUUGACUACUCUGGAAGCUGUAUAAAAUAUAGAAGCUGUCAGCUAAAGGACAAGGAAUAAGGGCAUUUCCAUUAUUUUGAGUUCAUAAUUAUGGCAGACAAAUAUAUUUUACUAUGAAGGAUUCAAACUUAGAUUUUAAGAAAAACGUCAAAAGCUAUUUAAAUAUUUUGAUGUUACAUUUGUUUUUUUCCUCAAAUUUAAGAUAAUAAAGUAGAGCUAGCCUUAACAAUUUAUUUUCCUCAGUUUCCUCAAGUAUUGUUUAAGGUAGAGAAAUGUUAGGACCAGAAUUGUUUUCUUUUUAUUUUAACUUGUAGAACUUGAGCUGCAGCAGCACUGGACAGGAUUGUUGAUUAUAGCAUGGAUAAGUGGGUUAAUAAAUUUAGCUUCAGUUUUUGCAAAUGUUUAAUUGUCAAAUUGUGUUUAGUAACUUGGAUGUAUGUACAUGUUUGAUGAACAGCAAAACUGAGUUCUGUUUUUUUUUUUUUUUAAAGUGACUAUAUUAGUCUCGUAAAACUUCUGUGUUUGAAAAUACUUGUUUAUUUCUCUUAUGGUAAUAAUCACUUGAGUGAAGAUUUUCCUUACAUCUUUGUUUCCUUUGCUUUUUUCUGGAGACUGUACUGAGUUUAGAUUUCUAUUACUUACCCAUUACAUAAUGACAGUCAAUAGGUAUUAGCAUGCAUAGAAAUAAUUACAGUGAAAUUCCACACUUGUAUCAGUUCACUGAAAGGCACAAAGAAAAAUAGCAACUAUUGGCACAUAUGAGAAGUAUGAGUUAAAUUUCCUUUUAUAAAAAAAGAACUGUUUUUAGAGCAAGCAGUAUCUUUUAAUCAAGUACAGUCUAAACUUACUUUCUUUAAAGGCACUUUGUGAUUUUUCCAAAGAUGUUAUAGAUCUGUUUGAUCUCUCAGUCUUCAGAAGAGCUUUGUUGUUGAGGACAGCUCUCACUGUCUUUAUUACAAAUCUAUUUGACACUUAGAACAUUUAAUAUUGCCAUUGUACAUUUGGUCCUUAGUAAUAUCAUGUCUUACUCAGAAUUGUUAAAGUGUGUAUUGUGCUGAAUUCUCUCUUUAUCAGCUUCAGAACCAUCAAACUAUCUGUGGAAAGAAAGUAAAUGAGACCUCUGGAAGAUGGGGGGGAGGAUGUGUAGAACAAUAUUUCAGAUUGAAAUAUAGCAAUUACUUCAUACUCUUCUUUUCCCAAGCCAAAUUUAAAGAGCAUUUUAUAUUUUAGAAUCAUUAAUGUUGAUCUUGAGACUAUUUUCUGAUUUAUAUAAAAAAGAAUAAUUCAUUUAUAAAUCUAGAAGAAAAUGACAGUAUCUUUUGGAUGGUUUGAUAUAGUUUAAUGGAAUAAUAAAACCUUUGAGUGUAUUCACUCAGUGUAUAUGUGUGAUAACAUCUUUAUACUUUGAGGAAUGUUCUAACUACCCAUUCUGAUAUAAUUCAAUUUAUAGUACUUUUACUUUGCUUAAAAAAGUGUUUUAAGCUGGUAGGAGAAUUUACUUAUUGAAUGUACUGGUGAUAAAAUGAAAGAUCAUUUACCCUUGAGAUUUUGACCCUGUGUACAUCUCCAUAUGUGAAGUUUAACCUUGACUCAUCAUUACAGUCCAGAUUCAAAUGUCAGCUUAGUUAAUUAUGUAACUGGUAUUCUUCCACAAAUAAUAUUACUGAUUUCCUGUAAAUAUAUUGCUUAAAGAUUUAUGUUUUUCACAGAAAACAAUCUAUAUAAUUUUUUUUUAAGGUAUCCAUCUUCAGGGGGUUGGGAAAGUAUUUUCCAUUUAAAACCCUGUUCACCUGUCACCAGCACAAGAGAAUUAGAGCUUCAGUAAGGAUUAUAAAAUUGCACUAAAAUGAAAUGCUUUUUCCCUCAUUUUCAGCAAAAGACUGGCAUACAUUUACUCAUUUACUGUGCUGCUCUGAAGAUGCAGAUACAGUGUUAGUCACUCAUGUCACUUUAUUUAUUUAUUGUUUUUUUACCAUUCAUGUACAUUCCUUUCAUAUGAGUAGAAUUGUAAUUCUAGAAGUUUGUUUUGUUGUAAUGUUUGAAUACUAUUUAAUAUCACAUUUUAAUAUUGCUGGAUUUGCUACCUUUGGUUACUUGUGCAGUGUUAAAAGUAAUUCAUAUUCUUGUUAAUAUUCCAGAUAUAUAGCAAAAGCAGCUUUGAAUAAUUGUUAACUGUUUAUUUGACUGUGCUGAUCUGUCACAUAAGAUCUUGUAGAAUAAUUUUUUUUUAUUUUUGGUUUUCAGUAUUCUAAUUUGUUUACUUACCAAAACAUGAACUUCAGGAUGCACUAAAAUUUUGUUUUAGCAGUGGCUCAAAAUAAACAUUUCAGAAAUUGCUUUUGUAAUAAUUUGCUAUUAAUUGCUCUUUUAUCUUUUACCAAUUGUUUAAUUCUGUGAUCUUUCCUCUCCCAACAAAGAAUUCUCCAAUAAACUUAAGAUAUGCCUGGC